AUGAAUGGUGACGCAUUACCGGAGUCUCCCCGUUCCCCCCAACCCGCGCUAUGGGAGCGACUGGGGUGCGCACGCGGCGUCUGCGCACGGCUCUGCAGGCGACGAGGACGAAGAGUUGCGCCGACGCACAAUGGAAAUAAUACUAACAGGAGUCGUGAAUCCCGCCGUCGUAUCAACCACCCCCCAUCUGCGUUGUACAGCGUAGUUGGGGAGAAGCUGCGCGUGGGCACGCCGCGGGCGCUCCAAUGCGCUCUGUUCUGCGGCGGCCCGCGUUGUAGGUACGAGGUACCGCAACCUGGGACUGCUAUUCAAGGACUGUAUUCUGAUUGGGUUACCGACGACAUUCUGGCGAUGGCGCGACCCAGCACCGCCAACAUCGCAGCCAGGAAUAUUAUACAACAGUUCCACAGUUGGGGCAUUCGCACGGUGAUCAACCUUCAGACCCCGGGGGAGCACGCUAGCUGUGGACCUCCUUUAACCAAAUCUGGGUUCACAUACGACCCUACUAUCUUCAUGGCUAAUGAUAUCUACUAUUACAACUUCGCUUGGCCUGAUUACGCGGAGGCGAGUUUGAGCGGUCUACUGAACAUGGCCAAAGUCCUCUCUUUCGCCCUCCAAGAAGGUCGAGUGGCCAUCCACUGUCAUGCAGCACUCCUCAUCUUCAAGGUUGUACUUGAACCCGUAAAAGGAGUGUGCAAGUCGAAUGCACGACUCGACGGAAAGGUCGCUCUAGUGACCGGAGGGAACCAGGGCAUCGGUCUAGAGACUGCGAGAGAGCUCGCGGCCAGGGGGGCCAGAGUCAUCAUCGCGUGCCGAGGCGCACAAAUGUCAGCGGAAGCAAUCCAGGACAUCGUGGCCACGACUGGGAACGAGCAAGUCGAAUAUAUGCACCUAGAUCUAUCGAGAUUCAGUAGCGUCAGGAAGUUUGCUGCAGAUUUCAACAACAAAUAUGAUCGACUCAACAUCUUAGUAAACAAUGCAGGUUGUAGUGGCAUGAAACCAAAGUACACCGAAGAUGGAAUCGACUUAGUAAUGCAAGUGAAUUAUUUUGGACCAUUCCUGCUCACGAGGCUGCUGACAGAAAAGCUCAUCGCAAGUAAACCGAGCAGGAUUGUAAUAGUGUCGUCGAUACUACAUUAUUUCGGAAAAAUAAACGUCGACACCUUGGACAAAAUAAUCGGCCACAGCAUAAAAUCAAUGUUUUUAAACUACAGCAACAGCAAACUGUGUGGUGUGCUGUGGGCCAAGGCCUUAGCUAAGAAACUGCCAGAAGAAAUAUCUGUGAACUCUUUACAUCCCGGUUUAGUCAGGACGAAUAUAUUCAAUAAACUGCCUUCAUGGUUUAGGAAAGUAUUUACUUUCCUUUGUGACUUACUGAACUUUAAGACGCCUAAAGAAGGAGCGCAGACUGUGGUCCACCUGUGUGUUGCUGAAGAGGUCCAGAAUGUGCGAGGGAAAUAUUUCGUGGAGUGCUGUGAAGCCAAGUACAGACAAGAAGCUGAUAAUGAAGAUGUUGUGGAAAGAGUCUGGAACAAGAGCGUAGAAGUAACUAGCUCGAUGUCUGAUUGA